UUCACAGGCUGGAGUGCACAGAGCAAAAGAGAAUUGAGUCUAGGAGGUGACAGGGGCCAGCUGGGCUACCUGAAAGAUGGUGGCCUUGAUCCUAAAAGCAUUGGGAAGGCCCUGUAAGAGAGUGACAUGAUCAGAUUUGCAUUUAGAUGAUCACUCUGCCCGCUUGUAGGAGGCAGCGGGUGUUAAUAGACUCCUGCAGUCUAGAAAGAUGAUGGAGGCUUGGUCCCGAGAUCAGCAGUGGAGAUAAGGGGGACGGGUGUGAGAUGUAUUUUAGACAUGGAAUGGGCAGGUUUUGAUGGGGUAGGUGAGGACAGAGGAGGAAUCAAAGAUGGUGGCCGGGUGUCCACCUUGCAGAAGUGGGAUAUGGGUACCUUCGCUGAGAUGAGAACCUAGGCAGAAAAGGAGAGGUGGAGGCAAGCUCUUGGGUUCCUGUUCAGAUGUGUGGCAUUUCGCGUUCUGAAAUAGCAGGGGAGUCACCUUGUCUAAAGUUAUUUGUGGCUGUGAUGUCUCCAAUGGGAGCUGGGCUCUGGAGGGCUGGGGCCUGGCUGAGGGCAUCCAGUCCAGCCCUCAGUCUGAGUGGGGCCUCUGGCGUGUUGGCCAAGUGAAUGAUCCUAAGUGCAACCCAGAGAAUCUCCUUCAUUCCAAGAGAGCCUCUGAAGCGGGAAAACAUUAAGAGGGCGAGCAGUUGGGCUGAGGAGGAUUGGUCAGUCUGGGCAGGAAAAACCCCAGAGGGCUGAGCCUCCUCCCGGUGAUGGGAACUCCUGGGUCGCCAGCAAACAUACAUCCUUCAGCCAAGCCUGGGGACCGGAGGCCUGACACGAUGCAGGGCUGGAGCCUUCUGGGGAGGCUGGGGCCACGUCCCGAGAGUCCAGAGAGGGCCCUGUGACCCAGAUGUCGCCUCCCCCUCGCCCCGGCCGCGCAGCGUGGGAGGAGGCGGCAGCUGCAGGCCGGGUGGAGGGCGGGCGACCGGCGGGCCCGGCCCGUGGGAAGCGGCGGCAUCUGUUCUUUCCACGCUCGUUCCCAGCGGCUCCCUCUGAAACCUAACCCGCAGGCCCGGCCCCACCGCCGCCGCCCGUGCCCUCGCCCGCCCCGCCCGGGGGAUCGGGUUGCAGGAGCCGGGCGGCCGGGCUGCGGUUCCCCCGACGGCCGCGGCAGCGCAACGAGGGCGAGGGGCGAGGGGCAGGAGGCAAGGCCGAGCGGUCAGCCAGAUGGCCCGGCCGCUGUCCACCCCCAGCCCUUCACAAAUGCAAGCCAGGAAGAAACGCAGAGGGAUCAUAGAGAAACGGCGCCGGGACCGCAUCAACAGCAGCCUUUCUGAACUGCGGCGCUUGGUCCCCACUGCCUUUGAGAAGCAGGGCUCCUCCAAGCUGGAGAAAGCCGAGGUCCUGCAGAUGACGGUAGAUCACUUGAAAAUGCUCCACGCCACUGGCGGGACAGGAUUCUUUGAUGCUCGAGCCCUGGCAGUCGACUUCCGGAGCAUCGGUUUUCGGGAGUGCCUUACCGAGGUCAUCAGGUACCUGGGGGUCCUGGAAGGGCCCAGCAGCCGUGCAGACCCGGUGCGGAUUCGCCUUCUCUCCCACCUCAACAGCUAUGCAGCCGAGAUGGAACCUUCGCCCACGCCCGCUGGCCCCCUGGCCUUUCCUGCCUGGCCCUGGUCCUUCUUCCAUAGCUGUCCAGGGCUAUCUGCCCCGAGCAGCCAGCUUGCCAUCCUAGGAAGAGUGCCCGGCCCCAUCCUCCCCAGCACCUCCUCUCUGGCUUACCCCAUCCCGGCCUUCAGAACCACUCCCUUGCGCAGAGCCACUGGCACCAUCCUGCCAGCCCGGAGGAAUUUGCUGCCCAGUCGAGGGGCAUCUUCUACCCGGAGGGCCCGCCCCCUGGAGAGGCCAGCUGCACCCCUGCCCCCCAGUGGCAGGGCUGCCAGGAGCAGCCACAUGGCACCCCUCCUGCGAUCUUCUUCCCCCGCCCCUCCUGGCAUUGUGGGGUCUCCUGCUUAUGUGGCUGUUCCUGGGUCUUCCCAGGGGGCAGCUGGGAGGCCAGCAGGAGCUGUGCUCUGCCACUCCUGGGUCUCUGAAAUCACUGAAGUUGGGGCUUUCUGAGCUGGCUUUGCCCCCAGGAAUGAGGAGAGUUCUUUUCCAGGAGCUCUAAAAAUGGCGUUGCCUAUUCUGCUCUGCUUCCUGGACUGGUUCAUAUAUGAAGGUGUCUUCUUCACCCGGCAGAGGCCCCCUUCUCCUUUGGCCCCUCUCCCCUCCUCACUGCUUGUCCCAGCUUCUCCUGGGGCUAUUCUGAUCUCAGAAGCUUGGUCUCAUUUUUUCCCUGGAGAGAUGAGUCUCAGGAGAGCCCCCCAAGAGCUGUACCCAGACCUCUCUCCUGCUCCAGGACACAUGGGCAGUAGGCAUUAAUCUCAGGUUGGGGAACAACGCUUUAACCUAAAAGGCACAAUGACCUAAGGCACGCUGCUCCCCUAGAGAUCAGACCCCAGCCAAGAGCAGUGACUUCCUGGCUGCAGCCUUCCCAGACCCCCAGGGGCCGGAACAUAGUGUCUGUCUCACUUCCUGAGACAGUAACCACACAGGGGCCGCAAAGAGGUCUCCUGGGAACCCUGUCUGCCCCAGCCCACCUGUCUCCCGCCCACUGCAAUGAACCCAGAACAGACCUGCUGUCCGCCACGGCCAAGGCUGGGGACUGGGAGCCCAGCAGGGCCCGUUCCUGCCCUCUUGUCAGCUGCUGACACCUACCCUCCAGCAGUUCCCUGCACACAGCUGGGAGGUCUCCGGGCUCCGUGACAGGGUGU